CGGGGUCUGAGUUCAUUUUCCGCUGUGGUUUUCUUCAAGAUGGCGGGGCUACCACUGAGUCCUUAUGGCGGCUCGUCGAGAAUAAAAUAAUUUAGGGAGGUAGUUAGGUGCCAGUAGGGGACAAUCGCGUCAUAUUUAUCGCUCCCAGAAGAUCCCAGUGGAGGAUGAUCAGUGCCUAGAUCCCAUAAUAAGCUGAAUGCAUUGUGAUUUCCAAUAAUUGAGACAGUGAUUCUGAAAGCUGUCUACAUUAAUGAAAAGAACAAUGUAGUCAGCUUAGCAUUUUCACCUCUGUUGUUAAUACAGAGGAAAUGGAGAUAGAUGAUGUUCUACCCCCUCUCCCCUUGGAGCCACCUGAUGAUUUUGGCCGAAAUGAGGGCAGAGCACCUCCACCACCUCCCCUGCAAACGUCCAGUGACGCAGAGGUAAUGGACGUUAGCUCUGGUGGUGAUGGAUACACAUACACCCCAGGGGACGGGGAAGCCAAGCCACAGCAGCCCCUCAGCAAGGGCUCAGUCACUUUCUGUAGCCACCUCUCAGAUGAGGCCAAUCCCAACCCUCCGUGCCCCAGAACAGCCCGCCACGCUCCCCCAGUCACCAAGUUUCUACCUGACCUCAAGCUGCUCAGAGAUGUAAAGAUCAGUGUAAGCUUCACUGAAAGCAGCAGUAGUAAAGACAGGAAGGUUCUAUACACAGGUGAAGGGCAGGAGGGAGGGAGUGAUGAUGGCUUAGACGGCCUGAAUGGUGAGUUGCAUGACUCCACUAGUGAGCAGGAGGCAGCUGAGGGUAGCUCUGGAGCAGGAAACAUAAGCAGAAGAUCAGAGGAGGCUGAGGUAGACCUGGAAAACAAGGUAGAGUUCGCUGUCCUGGAUGAGUUGGAUGACUUCUACGAAAACUUCCUGGAUCAUGACGAUGGGGAGCAUGGCGACUUUAAGUCUGAGGUCAUAGUUCAGCAGGAGCAAGCAGAUGACGAGGCCGGGGCGUAUUCCUAUGAGGAGGAGUUUGACAAUGAUGUUGACGCUCUGCUGGAGGAGGGCAUGCCAGUCCCUAAAAAGAUGCGCCCAGCAGAGGACAAAUAUGGCGGGGACAGUGAUCAUCAGUCAGAUGGAGAAGGAGGUGUUCAGCCUAUGAUGACCAAAAUUAAGACUGUCCUGAAGAGUCGGGGGCGUCCACCCACUGAGCCUCUACCUGAUGGAUGGAUCAUGACAUUCCAUAACUCAGGCAUUCCAGUCUACCUGCAUAGAGAAACCAGAGUGGUCACCUGGUCCAGACCCUACUUCCUUGGGACAGGCAGUAUUAGGAAACAUGAUCCUCCCACCAGCAGCAUCCCUUGCCUACAUUACAAGAAAAUGAAGGAACAGGAGGAAAAGGAGCUGAACGGGGAGGUGACAGCUAAUGCAGAGGAGUCGCAAGCCAAGCCCAGAGAGGAGGCAAAUGGUGAAGAGAGAGCAGGCAAGUCAGAUACUAAAGUUGAGGAGAAUGAUGGCAUCCUUCCCUCUAGUCUGACUUAUGGUGGCCCAGAUGGAGAGGGUACCACUGACAACAACCUGCAGGGUAAAGAGUCCCAGCCUUGUGACACUGCCCAAGGAGCCUUAGGACAAGUCAAGGCUAAGGUGGAGGUGUGCAAGGACGAGUCAAUAGAACUUGAAGAGUUUCGCCUGUACCUGGAAAAAUGCUUUGACUUUGAACAAGUUACUGUAAAGAAGUUUCGUACCUGGGCUGAGCGAAGGCAGUUCAACAGAGACAUGAAGAGGAAGCAGGCAGAGUCAGAGAGACCUAUCCUGCCUGCCAACCAGAAACUCAUCACACUGUCAGUCCAGGAUGCACCUACUAAGAAAGAAUUUGUCAUCAAUCCCAACGGAAAGUCUGAAGUUUGCAUCCUGCAUGAAUAUAUGCAACGUGUCCUAAAGGUUCGACCUGUUUACAACUUUUUUGAAUGUGAGAACCCAAGUGAACCCUUUGGAGCAUCAGUCAUUAUAGAUGGAGUAACUUAUGGCACAGGAACCGCAAGCAGUAAAAAACUUGCCAAGAAUAAAGCUGCUCGAGCCACACUGGAAAUCCUCAUCCCUGACUUUGUGAAGCAGACCUCGGAGGAGAAGCCUGUCGAGGGCGAUGAACUGGAGUAUUUUAAUCAUAUCAGUAUAGAAGACUCGAGGGUGUAUGAGCUGACCAACAAAGCAGGACUACUUUCGCCAUAUCAGAUUCUUCAUGAGUGCCUUAAAAGAAACCACGGAAUGGGAGACACCAGCAUUAAAUUUGAGGUGAUCCCAGGGAAAAACCAGAAGAGUGAAUAUGUGAUGACAUGUGGGAAACAUACUGUGCGCGGCUGGUGCAAGAACAAGAGGGUUGGCAAACAACUAGCAUCUCAGAAGAUCUUGCAGAUGCUUCAUCCCCAUGUGAAGAACUGGGGCUCACUGCUGCGCAUGUACGGCAGAGAGAGCAAUAAGAUGGUCAAGAAGGAGAGCUCUGACAAAAGUGUGAUUGAGCUCCAGCAGUAUGCCAAAAAGAACAAGCCAAACCUUCAUAUCUUGAACAAAUUGCAAGAAGAAAUGAGGAAACUGGCAACACAGAGGGAGGAAACAAGGAAGAAACCCAAGAUGACUAUAAUGGAGUCUGCGCAGCCAGGGAGCGAACCUCUCUGCACUGUCGACGUUUGAGUCUCGGAAUCACUGAUUAACCACGGCACUGAAACCCAGUCACUGUCAGACUCAUCACACACCACCAUCCAUCACUUAAUUAUGCAUCACUGAGAUCUAAUGGCAAUAUAGCUAACACAUUGACCAGGCCGGUAGAACUGCUCGCUUCCUUCAUUCAACGUUUUAUCGGAUCAGGCGGUAGAUGUAAGGGUAGGAUUAAAUGCACUAACAGACCGUAGAGCAAAUAUCGUCUACCUCUCUAGAUGCACCCUCACUAUGGCACUAGAAAAAAAAUCACCCAGGGUGCAGAGAAGUUAACAUGACUUGACAACAUAUGAACCACAUCAAAAUAAAAUGCAUGCUUCUUUGACUGCAAAAACCACUACUUUGUUGGUUUUGUUUUGAAGUGUCGUUUUAACAGUCGCAAUCUAAAUAGUACCAGCACUUAUUAGUUUUGUUUGUGCUUCAAGUAUUUGAAAGGGACUACUAAUACUUGUGUAUUUAUACCAUUCAUUCAAUUGGGAAACAAAGUAACUUGUUUAUAGGGUAUUUUAAUAGUCGGUGUUAAUGGAUAUUUUGGGUGAAAUACAAAAUAUGCCGUUUUGUUUAUCCUCAGAAUGGACACUUGUUGUCUUGGUUUGCACGAUAAAAACAUGCGUUGUGAAGUGAUCACUAUUCAGAACUAUUGUCAUGCACUUGUGUCCUGUCAGAUAUUUUUGUUGACUGAUCAUGCUGUCGGCACAGAAAUAACUGCUUUUGGGAAAUUUGGGGGUGACUUCUUAUAUUUGGAGGGAGCUGUUGCCUUUUUUUUCCUUAUGCUUUGGCAAUACAACAAACGUCCUGGUCCCCAUGCCAACACUGUAGUGAACCCAAGUACAGGGCCACAGAGUACUGUAAUGGCAAAGGUAAAGAUCAUUUCAUUGAUGCUUAAUCCUCAGCUAGCUUUUUCUUUAAGUACUAAUGCCAGGCACACCAACUAACCACUUUGUACAUUUCAGUUGCUUUUCAUUUUUGGUGCCCUUGGAAAAAAAAAAAUCCUGUUGGCUACAUGUUGCCUUAGUUGAUCCAUUUCAGGAAGGGCUCAGAUUAUAUACAGUACAUUGGACCUAAAACGCCCUCAACCAGAGGUGGAAAGACCAAGCCCCCUUUAUUUGAUAAAGCAUUUAUUGUUUAGCCAAUUAGUAUUUUUAAAGACGACAGCCUAUAAAACAAAUUUUAGGAAAGAAUGCCUACAGCGUGCAGAUUUUUAAGGCUCAUCUUAAUGGAUUGUGUAUUUUGUUUGUGUACGUUUGCCAUCAUCGUGACAGUCGAUCAUUCUUUCUGGCCACAAGUAGAAUACAUCUUUCAAAAGGCAGCCUUGCAAAAUUUAGUUGGCACACUGACAUGAACAAAAUGCGAUCAAGUCAUUGAGUCCAACACAAGCUGAUGAAACUGUGUAUACCAAAGCUUACAUAACAGUCUUAUGCAUUUUAUAGAAUACUUAAUGUUGCAAACUGUACAGUAGGAACAUCUAUAACACAGGAAAAUACAUAGACAUGCUACUUUGCUGGAACAAAAUAGAAACUGCUGUGCAUUCUGUCGAGUAUUUGGUUUGCUUUUUCUACUAAAUAUACAAGGACACAUCACAGUUUAAACACAAGGCUGUUGUGAUAUUGUAGAUUGCAUUAAGAAUGUGCUUUCCCCUCUGUGCGUGUGUUGUCUUGCCAAGUGUGUGUCAGUGAGAAGACCGAAAAAAUAACUGCUUUUAUGUGUUGCUGUUGAGUUGUACCAAUGAAUUGUUUGAGAUGUUGCCUAGAAAAUGAAGUAUGUAUUGCAACCUGAGCUCCAUGACUUCAGUGAUAUUUGUUAUGCAAAAUAAAAUGUCUUGACUAAUGA